UAUUAACGAGAGAAAUUAUCAACAAACCAUAAGAGGUUAUAAUAUUUUUCAUUUUAUAUUUAAAAUCAUACACUGUUGCAAUGAAAUACUUAAAUCAAACAGAAAGUAUCAACAUUGACAAAGAUUUAUUUGAGAAAUACAAAUUCAGUGUCGAUCAGUUAAUGGAACUUGCUGGCCAAAGUUGUGCUGUUGCUAUUGCUAGUACUUAUUCAUCACUUAAAAACUCUACAUACAAAAUUUUGGUUUGUUGCGGUCCAGGAAACAAUGGUGGUGAUGGACUUGUCUGUGCUAGACAUUUAAAACAAUUUGGAUAUUUCCCAGAAAUUUAUUAUCCUAAAAGGACAAAUAAUACAUUAUAUGAAAAUUUAUUACAUCAAUGUAUUGAAAAUGAUAUUCCUUUAUUGACAAAUAAUUUACAAAAUAUUGCUUCAGAGCAAUUGCAUCAGUUUGGUUUUAUAGUAGAUGCAUUAUUUGGAUUUAGUUUUAAACCACCUGUAAGGGAUACAUUUAUACCUAUAAUUCGUCUAUUAGAAAAUACCAAUAUUCCAAUUUGUAGUAUAGAUAUACCAUCAGGUUGGAGUGUUGAAGAUGGACCACCUGUAGACGGUGGAAUAAAACCAGAAAUGCUUAUAUCAUUAACAGCACCAAAAUUAUGUGCUCAAAAGUUUAAAGGAAAGUAUCAUUAUCUAGGUGGCCGAUUUGUACCUAAAAAAUUAGAGAAAGCAUAUAAUCUUAAUCUACCUGAAUAUACAGGAACUGACUUAAUUGUUCCAUUAAAUUAA